GCCUCUCAUGGAAGGAGCAAUUUAUUGAAGACAAUAUCUGGAAGCUUCUACUUUCACAGUUUUGGCCAUCAUGAUAAUCCAAUUUUGAAAAUGGAGUUUUGUUGCCUGAGCCAGUUCAUAGCACAUGCUGCCCCCAACCUCAUAGAUGAGAACAUGUGGCUAUCUAACAACAUGUAUUUGAAAACAGUGGACAAAUUCAAAGAGUGGUUUGUUUCAGCAUUUGUUACUAUGGACUGUGUGAGAUUUAUCAUGCUUCAUGACAUAAGGCAAGAAGAUGGGGUAAAGAAUUUCUUUACUGAUGUCUGUGAUAUAUAUGUAAAGUUUGCAAUGAAUCCAUUUUAUGAACCCAAUACUCCUAGUUGA